UCAGCAAACACCACAAGGAUCUUUGAGGGGACGAGGAUCGUGAAAACUGGGAUGCCCACCGUGUCUCCAGCCUCCUCAGCGGACAUGGCCCCCAUCUCCUCCGGCUCGUCCACUUGGACUUCCUCAGGAAUCCCCUUCUCCUUCGUCUCUAUGGCGACAGGAAUUGGCCCGUCCUCCAGCGGUAGCCAGGCGACAGUGGCCUCGGUGGUGACCAGUACUUUGCUGGCUGGCCUGGGCUUCAGUGGCGGAGUGAUCUCCUCCUUCCCCAGCUCUGUUUGGCCGAGCAGAGCACCAUCCAACAACCCCCCCUCCGCUCGCCACACCUCUGAACCUAACAAACCCACCAAAGAUGCUUCUGCCGUCACCACGGCUGCACACACAGAUAACAGCAAGGCCGGGGGGAAGGACAGAGAGAACAGCAAAUGUCAAGGAGAGGACGGAGAGAGGGAAGGAGAGGAUAAGGAUGAAGAGGAGGAAGAAGAAGAAGAAGAAGAGAAGGACAAGAAGAAGGGGAGGAAGGGAUCAGGAGGUAUGGGAGCAGCAGGGAGGAAGGAAAGCAGGACAGCGGUAAAAGAGACGCCCAGCGAGACACCAGACGCCACUGCAAAGGAGAAAGAACCAGAUCUAAUGAACACGCCUCCUGAUGAAGAUACCCACCUGGAGGUGUACACCCACAAUCUGCUUGAGCCUCACACCCCCACCCCCUCAGUGGCAGCCGUUCAGUCAGCAGAGCCCCCCGCCCUGAAGGACCCGGCAGCCACACGCAGACCCAGCCCAGGGGGGGACAGGAAGCACAGGCCUGUCUCCAUCCACACUGGUGAGCCCCUUCUCUGCAUGUCUGAAACAAUUAGCAUGAUCAUCUGUAGAGCGACAUCAUGA